AUGUUUGAGAGAUUUGGAAAUGCUAAGAAGCGCAGAAUUGAUACAGAGGGGGAGAAUGAGCAAUCAAAACCGUGGGUUGAAAAGUAUAGACCUAAGAAAUUAGAAGAAGUGACUGCGCAAGACCAUGCUGUCACUGUUCUUAAAAAGACUUUAGAAUCUGCGAACCUACCACAUAUGCUGUUUUACGGCCCACCAGGUACGGGUAAAACAUCCACAAUCUUAGCGUUGACGAAAGAAUUGUUUGGGCCUGAAUUAGCAAAGACUAGAGUCCUCGAGCUAAAUGCUUCUGAUGAGCGUGGUAUUUCAAUCGUUAGGGAAAAAGUGAAAAAUUUCGCCAGAUUAACUGUUUCAAAAUCAUCCAAAGAAGAUCUGGAGAAAUAUCCAUGUCCUCCUUAUAAAAUUAUCAUCUUGGAUGAAGCAGAUUCUAUGACGGCAGAUGCUCAAAGUGCUUUGCGUAGAACUAUGGAAACGUAUUCUGGUGUUACCAGAUUCUGUUUGAUUUGUAACUACAUUACAAGAAUUAUUGAUCCAUUAGCUUCGAGAUGUUCAAAAUUUAGAUUCAAGUCAUUGGAGGCCACGAAUGCGUUAGAUCGUUUAAAAUAUAUUUCCGAAAAAGAGUCUGUACAAUAUGAAGAAGGAACACUUGAGAAGAUUCUCGAGAUUUCUCAAGGCGAUUUGAGAAGGGCAAUUACCUUAUUACAAUCUGCAUCUAAGCGUAUAAGUUACCUUAAAGUGGAAAAAAUACGUAUAUUACAAGUAGAAGAACUGGCUGGGGUUGUCCCUACCAAGAUAUUGCAUGAAAUAGCGGAAAAAGUGGCCACAAAAGAUAUAAAAAUCAUUGCAGAUUACGUGGAUACCUUUAUAAUAAGUGGGUGGUCGGGUGUAUCUGUGUUAAAUCAAUUGCAUGACUACUAUAUUACAAAUGACGACUAUGAUACAGAUUUCAAAAAUAAAGUUUCAUGGAUCCUAUUUGACACUGAUGCUAAGUUGACAAAUGGUACGAAUGAGCAUAUUCAGUUGCUAAACUUAUUGGUCAAGAUUUCUCAAGUUUAG